AUGCUUGGGAUGCUUCGUCAUAACCUUCAACAAGGUCAACUAGAAAUGUUAAAAAAAAAACAUAAAGUAAAUAGUCAAAAUUUGCUUAAUGAUUCUUUAACGAUCGAUAUUGAAGACACCAAUGAUGACUUUUACCUUGAGGAAGAAUUUAAUGAAGAGCUUUUGCAGGUUAGUACUGAAGCAGCAGAUAUAGAUAUGGGAUAUGAGCUAACAAUUGAAAAUCUUUUUGAUCUUCAAAUGUUUGCACAAAAUCGUGAAGAAACAAUUGAAAGAAGUUCAAUUGUUUAUUCUCAAACACCUACUGGUACUAACGAAGAUUGGUCAAUUGACGAUAUCUUCCACUAA